AUGGGACGUAGAAGGAGAUACGUUCGUUCGGACAACCACUACCCAGAGAACCUUUUAAUCAGCUGUCCAACGACUGUGGAACGACCUGCCGGCCUUCUGGACGCAUGUUUCAGGCUGCCUUGGAAUCUGACAAAAUGGCGGAGGCGGGCCGGCGGGUCAAAAGGAGGCCGGCUCUCCUUGGCCUAGCCGAGCCAUGAAAGGCGGCGCAGACGCUCAGCCGAGAUGCAGACGCUCCUGCCGCUCCUGCUCCUGCUGGCGGGCCUGGCCCAGGGCGGAGGAGGAGGAGGCGCUUCCCCGGCUCUCACCCGCAGGUCCUGCGCCGCUUGGCCGGCCUACCUGCUGGGCCUCUCCCGCCCCAGCGCCCUCCCGCCCGCAGGCCUCGUCCGCAGCCUCCGGCCUCACAGUGUCCAUCAGGUGGGACAAAAAUGGAGCAUUGUUUUCAACUUUUCUAUUUAUGAAGAAGAAGAGCUGCAGCUCGCUGAGUUAAGACUUCACCUGCCCAGGUCUGGGAGGAACUCUUCUUUCAACAGUACACCAGUAUCAGUGGAGCUGUAUCACCAGCAGAAAAUAACUUGCCCAAGUGGCCAAAACUGCAUACACAUUGACCACUUAGGCUCCUUUGGGGUAUCCCCAUCAGCACCUUCAAACUGGAUAGUCCUGGAAGUCACAGAGCAGCUGCUGAAGUGGUUUGCCAAUAGCAGUUCAGCAAAAGAUCCUGCCAAGGAAGUUGUCAGUCAAAGACAGCAACAUACAAAAAAUCUUCCAAAGACAGUAACCAGCAAGUGUGGAUCUGUGGAUAGAAGGGCCAUAUUGGUGCUUUUCUUAAGACUUUCCAAAGGAGAGAAAGAAUUACAUGGCCCGACUUUACUCCAGACAGUGAAAGGUUCAAAAUUCGUUCAGCAGGAGACACCAAAAAAGAUAGCACCCCUCUGGAACAGCAAGAGGCACAGGCGCCACAAGAACCCCAAAGAUUCAUCUUCACUGAGCUCGGAAGAGCUAGAACUCAAACAGCUCUGCCGAAGGGUGGACUUCUUUAUUAACUUUGAGGCGAUAGGCUGGGAUUCCUGGAUUGUAUAUCCCAAGCAAUACAACGCCUUCCGCUGUGAGGGAAAGUGCCCUGUCCCACUGAGAGAAGAAUUCCAGCCAACAAACAAUGCCUACAUGCAGAGUGUGCUGAAAUAUCAUUACCCUGAACGAGUUCCUGCUGCCUGCUGCAUCCCAGUGAGACUGAGCCCACUAAGCCUGCUCUAUUAUGAAGAAGGACGGGUUAACCUAGGUCAUCAUGAAGAUAUGAUAGUGGAAGAGUGCGGAUGCCGCUGAGGAGACUGCGGGAAGUGGUGGAAGCUUCCAUUUUGGCCCUUCCUAAACUGAGAAGAUAAAAGAAGACUUGCCUCAUGGACAAGAAAGCUUGUGAGCUUUGACCUGUAAUGAAGGUGUCGUUAAAAUUUGAUGCUGAAACCAGCUGGGAAGACAGGCCCAGCCUGUCAUGGGCUGCCAAAGGUAUUUGUUUUCUAUCCACCAGUCAAAAGUGAGAAUGAAAAUUGGCUGUCUGCUGAGAAGUAGAAAAUACAAGAAUUAAAGUAGACUGUAGAAAGAUAUAGACUUCACCAUGCAGCGACGUCUCGCAUGAUCCCAAGUGAAUGCAUGGUCCUGUCCUUACACAGUGAUAUCAGUCAUGAUCUGGAAAACUGUUCAGCACCAAUAAAUAUCAUUUGCUGUGCCAAUGUGGCAACAA